CACAUAGUAAUUUUUUCAGAGUUUCGCAGUAAUAUUGUCCUCCGGACAGGAUUAUCUCAUUAUCCCUCUUUUCUCUUCUACUGUCUCGGGCCCUGCGCCGGCUACUGCCACCGGCCGCUGUCGAGCUGCAUCUGCCAUCUUGCUCAUUCAAACGGACACCGUCGCUAGUCUGGCAGUCUGCUCAGUCGAACGAAUAAAUCACCGCUGACAGUCCACCGCUGACGGUCCAUCGCAACUUAUCUGAAUCAUGGACACGGUUGGUCAUCUGAUCUGGCAAAACCCCGACAACCCCGUCAAGAAUGACCAUGCCUAUACCUAUACCGAUAAGGCUUGGACCAAUCCCUACCAUGCAAUCCAAAAUCUCAUGAUACGUACCCAGCUAGAUAGAGAUGGGAGGACGAACGGAGACUUCACCACUUUCAACACCUUCGACGAUGACGCCCUCCGCUCUCAACAACACGCGGUGUCGCCCAAUAUGAGGUCAUGGAUAUUUGACAGUGAAGCCGACUGCGAGCUGUUCUUCCACACCGAAGUGUCCAACGUGGUUCUUGCGGGAUGGAGGAACUACCCGCUAGUGAGGCAAAUAUCGCAUAUGAAGCUGCUAGGCUCCAACGAUGCCGAAUCGGUAGACGCCACGUACUUGGUGGGACCUUAUGAUAACAUGACGGUGAUAGUCAUCGGGGAAAUGAAAAAGAAUCUGAUCAACGCCCGUGUCUGGCAAUCCGGCAAUAUCAUGGGUAAUUCGCCGCAGGAGAAGCUGUCCAAGGAACUUCGAGCUUAUGCCCAUAACUAUCAAGCACCACAAGUGUACUGUUUCGACGGCGAGACUCUCCUCCUUCUCCAAUUUCGCGCAUCCAAGGCCGCCGAUAUCCUAUUAAACACCGUCAAAGUGGAUUGCUGGGUGUUUCCGCGUGAAAAGACCAACGUCCCGCUGCGAUAUGCUCUGUACAUGCUCCUAUCUCAGGGUUUCAGGCGCUUUCAGGCAAUGAACGCCCUGCCCGGGCCGCUGUCGGUCGGUGGAUUUGAGUCGGUGGAACGUCGAUUCUUUGAUGGCCGCCUAAUCUGGAGGGAUAUGGACAACAAUAAGACUUUGGACUAUCCCGGAGGCUAUAAUCGCUCGGUCGAGGGCGAGGUGGCGAACGUCGAGGUGGCGAACGUCGAGGUGGCGAACGUCGAGGAGCCUGUCUUCAUCCCGCGGCGCGACAGCACCACGGAGGGCGACGGCUACGUGCUGGCGCUUAUCAACGACUACGCGUUCAUGAGUAGCGAGCUGCACUUGCUGGACACCAACGACUUCACCCACGCGCUGGCCGUCAUCAAGCUGCCGCUGAGGCUGCGGUACGGGCUGUACGGGAACUGGGUGGAUGCAGUCGAGACUGGGAAAUAA